AUGCGAAGCAUGAACAGGAACAGAUACCACCUCACACAGCUGUCGUACAGCGGAGACAGCACGCCGCGUCUGAACGGCGGUGUCUUCUCCCAGCGCAAGGGCGUGCGCUACCAUCGCGACGGGCAAGUGCACAGCUGCCGUUUCUGCGAAAUCCUGCGCACGACGGCCGAGCCGUUACUAUACCAGGAUGAGCACGUGGUUGUCUUUCGUCCGCUGCGUCCGAUCGUCCCCAGCCACGUCCUUAUCGUGCCGCGUACGCACAUCCGGAACGUGAAUCGGCUUGCUGCAACACAUCGUGGACUGCUUGCGCGGAUGCAUCAUGUAGCCAAGAUGGUCCUGACCCGAGAGUUCGAGGCUAAAACGGAGCCAGAAUGCGUCGGGCUGCAGCUAGGGGAGCUCAAGGACAUCCACGGACCCACGCACCGCAUCCACUACACGUUCCACGUGCCGCCAUUCAAUAGCAUCGACCACGUACACAUGCAUGCGUUCCUCGACGACCCAAGCAGCUUAGGUUGCUACGGACGACUGAAGUACCGCACCACGUCAUGGUGGUGCCGCUCGUACGAUCAAGUCAUGACGAGGCUGGAGAAACUGGCCGUUGACGUGCAAAACGAGUGUGUCCAUGUCGAAGAAUCGUUGUUUGUCGAUAGCCCAACGUCUUCCUCGGAGCAAGCUUGA